AUGUUCGACUUCAAGCACAUUAGACCGUGGGAUAGACAAUACAUGGAAUUGCCCGGACCUGCUGUGCUAUUCGCAACUCCGGGCAUGCUUCACAUAGGAACAUCCUUGGAGGUAUUCAAGAAAUGGGCACCAUACCCCGAAAAUAUGGUCAUCAUGCCCGGUUUUUGUGUGGCGGGAACCGUUGGCGCCAAGGUACUGGAUGGCGACAAAGAAGUCCAAGUCGAUGUUUAUAAUAAAGUUCAGGUCAAGUUGCAA